AUGAACAGAGUCAAAGUUUGGCAGGCCUGGGUGUGUACUGUGUCACUGUGGCUUUGCUGGGGUUCUCACGCUGUUCCACUGGACUGCAAAGACGAGACUGGAUCACUCACCCGCUGUACAUCCAUCUCUCAAGAGAAACUUCUAGAUCGCAUCAUCCAACAUGCAGAACUCAUCUAUAGCGUCUCUGAAGAGGCCUUUACUCUUUUUGAGGAUAUGUUCGUCCCCUACUCUCUGCGUGCUUUGAGAAAUCAGGGAGGAAACGUAUGCCACAGCAAGCCCUUCCCGAUACCAGGCUCUAAGAGUGAGAUUCAGCAGAUAUCGGAUAAGUGGCUCCUUCACUCCGUUCUGAUACUGGUGCAGUCCUGGAUAGAACCGCUGAUCUAUCUACAAACUAGUCUUGAUCGUUAUGAUGACGCCCCCGGUGCGCUCCUAAACAAGACCAAGUGGGUGUCUGAUAAACUGCUCAGCCUUGAGCAGGGAGUGGUGGUGCUCAUCCGCAAGAUGCUGGAUGAAGGGGUAUUGACAUCCUCCAACAAACAUGAUCAGGCCUUGAACCCAUAUGAAGGACAGAUCCCAGAGGUGCUGGAGUCUGUUCUUAGGGACUACAACCUACUUACUUGCUUCAAAAAGGAUGCUCACAAAAUGGAGACCUUCCUAAAGCUCCUCAAAUGCCGUCGGAGCGAUAAGCUCAGUUGUCUUUUCCACUAA